UGGCUUGAACCGGAUAUGUCGUCAUGGAAAUGCGACCAUCCGGAUAUUCAAGUGUAUCGAAAGGAAAGUGGAAGAAACGGAAUCACAAUGAAUACUCGAGGACUCCGCUCUCAGCUGAAAGACAGUGUACCUGUGGCAGGCUUAUGUCCACAGGGAGCUUAUGGGGUGCAGGACUCUCUGCGUAGCGGCUUUACCAGUGUGAAGAAUGAGCUUCUCCCAAGCCACUCGCUGGAGCUGUCUGAAAAAAAUUUCCAGCUGAACCAGGACAAGAUGAAUUUCUCUACACUCAGAAACAUCCAGGGUCUUCAUGCUCCACUCAAACUGCAGAUGGAGUACAGGGCAGCUAGACAGAUCCAGCGCCUGCCGUUCUUACCGAGUUCAAACCUGGCUCUGGAUACACUGCGAGGCAGUGACGAGGCCAUCGGCUUUGAAGACAUCCUCAACGAUCCUGCCCAGAGUGAAAUGAUGGGCGAGCCACACAUGAUGGUGGAAUACAAACUGGGGCUGUUGUGAAAGAAGAUGGAUGCACAGCUACACACAUAGAUUUAGGUUUAUUAUUUGUCUGCAUACAUUUGUUUAUUGACUCAAAAAGAAAAAAUCACCAACUCAGGUUCUGGAACAUUGAGUCUGUAAUCCUUUGUGAGAGAAAGGGGCUUGAUGGGAGGGGUGUGUGGGAAGUUACCCUGUAAACAAAGUAGAUGUGGGUUGUUGAACAGUCACUGAGACAAGCAUUCAGUGCUGCUUUUGUAUGAUUCCAAUCUGGUUGGCAUUUCUAAUAAACUCCAUAACCUUCCUCA